GGGGGAGGCCGAAACAGCCGGCGGUGCUAGUAGAUGAGGCGGCGGCGGCGGCGGCACGGACUCUCCAUGAGCAAGCGGCGGCGGCGACGGGUGCGGCGGCACCGGCGGUCUUCGGUCCCCGGGGAGGAUGAAGACACUGUUUGAAGAGAUCAAAGCAUCAAUUAAAAAUAACUAUAACCAAGAUCGCUCAUUUUGGAGGCCUGUUCUUCCUUGGGGAGGUGUUUUCACGAUCAAAGCUGGCCGCAAAGCAGUCUCCUGUACACCACUCUAUGUUGAAAUAAGACUGAAAAAUACCUGCACCAUAGAUGGAUUCUUGAUGUUACUCUAUGUCAUUCUCAAUGAAAAUGAAAAUUUCCCCCGGGAACUCUCUCUUCAUUUAGGUAGAGAGUUUGUAGACUGUUUUCUUUAUUUAAUGGACACCUACAGUUUUACAACAGUGAAGCUACUUUGGAUUUGGGACAAAAUGGAAAAGCAGCAAUACAAGUCUGAAGUUCAUAAAGCUUCAUUAAUAAUUGAUUUGUUUGGGAAUGAACAUGAUAAUUUUACAAAGAAUCUCGAAAAUCUCAUGUCAACCAUACAAGAGAGUUACUGUUCCAACUGGCGAUGCCCCACUCGAGUGCAGGAAGAUCAGCAACGCACAAUUAAUAUAAAUCCUCCCCAAGAAAUUCCACAUGGAAACUUGAUACGACUGGCUGUGGAUGAGUUAUUCUGUUCCAGGAUUGAACUGUGUGAAGAGCAUGGGUGUGGUGGCUUAAGAGAAUUUUCCCAAAGAGUGUUCUGCCACGGGGCACCCCCUUUUGUUGUCUUAAAUAUGCAGCAUUGGAAAUCUGAAGAUCUCGCAUAUGUCCCCUAUUACUUGGAUUUAUCUGAUCACAAGUAUUUGUUGGAAGGUGCCACAUUGUUUAACAAAGAGGAACAUCAUUAUUCUGCAGCCUUUCAAAUUGAUGGACAUUGGAUGCACUAUGAUGGCCUCAGAAAUGUGAAUUUAAUUUUGUUAAAUAAACCCCCAGAGUUUCUCCUCUUGUCAUCAUUGGUUUAUAUUCGAGCAACAGAGAAAUAAAUAUAGACUGAUGCUAAAUUAUAUUGUUUUCCCUCCUGCCCAUGCUCCCCCAGAUG